GGGCAGCCCCUGGCCCCCCUGAGCUCCAAGCGCCUCUCCGCCGCCUCCUCCCUCAAGCCCGGCGGCCUGGGGGGCACCGCCGUCGCCGCCUCCCCCCGGCGGGUGAUCGUCCAGGCCUCCACCAGCGAGCUGCUCAAGUGCCUGGGGGAGUUCCUCUGCCGGCGCUGCUACCGCCUCAAGCACCUGUCGCCCACCGAGCCCAUCCUCUGGCUGCGCAGCGUGGACCGCUCCCUGCUCCUGCAGGGCUGGCAGGACCAGGCCUUCGUCACCCCCGCCAACGUGGUCUUCGUCUACCUGCUGUGCCGCGAGGUGGUCGACGGGGACCUGGUGGCCAGCGAGCACGAGCUCCAGGCCGCCCUCCUCACCUGCCUCUACCUGUCCUACUCCUACAUGGGCAACGAG